UGCCUCCACCGUGUAAGCACUGACAAUAAGGGCGGUGAACAGAGAACACUUCCAAUUUUUGCAGGAUUGUGAGUAUGCUUUUCUGUUCUACCCCAUUGCAGGGGUCACUACCCAAAAGCUCGUUGAAGCCUUUUUUCUCAAACUGCCGGUUUCACUCAGCUCAUCUGCUUGGAAGAUUUUUUUUACCUUUGCCGAGUUUCAAUGAUCUGCUCUCUUGUUGGAAAUCUUUCUGUUGGUGAUCGCCCCAUCUCUGGGAGAUCUUGGAGGUCAACUUGCCCUGCCUCCGCAGAAAUUGUCCAAGUGGAACCUGAACUUAACUAGAAGCUGGACAGUUUUAAGAUAUUGCAACUGAACCUACCCUCACCAUCGAAAAGGGCAAAGUUCAGUACUGCAUCCAGCCUGCUUGUGCUGGUACUCAUGUCCUUCCACGUCUGAUAUUCCUGCAUACAUAGUUGUCUCGACGUUUAUCCAUAGAAACUACAAGCUUUGGAGGUUGGAGGGCUUCUUGACAUUGUAGCUGAGGUAGCGCGCCCAGCUAUCAUCUGUCAAAGAGUGUAUGCUGAAGAUACUUCUAAGCCCUUGGGAUAAGAAAAAUUAGCAAGGCCUUUCCCACGUUGCAGCUGUGCCAUUGCCAGUCUGCAUUCAUCAGUGGUAGACUAGUGAAUGAAGCUGCCUGAGGGUUACUAGCUGGCAUGGAUAGGCCAAAGGUGGGUAGGCCAAAGGUGGGUAAGCCACCGGAUAAGUUCUGGGAAAAAGUUGACAAAGUCAUAUCGAAUGAAGGUGAAGGACCUCGAUGGAAGUGUAAGUUCUGCAAAAAAAUAUUUCCCGGCGGAGCUUCCAGGAUAAAGGCGCAUCUGGGUAACAUUGAAGGCAAAGGAAUUAAAGUUUGCAAAGCAGUUGAUGAAGAUACGGUGAAAGAAGCCAGGGAGGAUCUUGAAGCGUGGGAAUCAAAUAGAAAGAGUCCAAAGAGGAGAAGGCUAGGAACUGGAACCAAUUCAGCUCAAGUUAACCCACAGUCGGUUGGCCAAAGCAACCCAAAUGCACCACCGCAAGGGAGUCUGUACGCAAUCCAGAAAACAGUCCUACCUUGGCAAUUUGCACCGGGGUAUCCAGACGACAGCUCUAAUUUGUCCAGGAGUCGCGGGGAAUCUAGUUUAAUUGUAUUGCAAGAUAUUUGGGAUGAAACAGAGGUGGAAGGUCCAUCAAAUGCUCAACGGGACAUCAAUAACCGAAAUAAUAUGCCAUGCCCAGGCUUUGAGACUAGAGAAGCUGACCGAUCGGGUUUGCAUCAGCAUGACACUCUCCCACCACCACACAUGCGGCCUGUGUUGGAGGAUCAGCGUAGUUCAAUGGUUCGUGACCUGCAAGAUGAAAAUGCAAAUGCACCAUCAUGCGAUAUCCAGUCCUUGCAACCAGAUGGUCCUGUUCGGCUACCCAUGAACGCUCAACCAUUUCUUGCUGAAGGCACCCUCAAUGUACUACCGCAGGGGACGACAGAGGCUAAUAUCUCUGAAGACAACCCAGUGCAAGAUAAGCCCGAUGACAACAUUAUGCUCGAGCAACUCAAUCAUUUUAAACCGACACAAAUUGAUCCAGAUCCCAACAAUGAAGCCAAUGAGGACAUUGAUUCUUCUGCACAGAUCUCACUUGCAAGGGAAACUACACAGUGUGAGAUGUUAGUGCCCCAAUCAGUGGGUCGAGAACGGAUUGUGGAUGAGCUAUGCGAUUACUUAAUGAAAAACGAUAUAUUAUGCAUCGGAGUCCAUGGGAUGGGGGGAGUGGGGAAAACCACAACCAUGAAACACCUCUAUAAUAAAGUGCAUGACAGUGCUGCCUUUGAGAAUGUAUUUUGGGUCACGGUGUCAAAAGACUGCAGUAUCCACGAGCUUCAAAAUAAGAUUGCCAGAGCCUUAAGGUUCCCGACCUUUUCAAGGAUGUUGAUGAAGGGAUGA